ACACAGUCUCACCGGCACAGCAUUUUUCGUUUGUUGUGGGUCUCAAUCAACCUCUCCUUCCUCACACACUCUCUCUCUCUCUCUCUCUCUCAAGUCCUCUCAGUCUCACAGUCACAGCUCCCUUCCUCCCUCUAUGGCUAUAUAAUAACAUGCUCGUUCCCUUCCUUUCCUACCUCAACCGCCAAACCCUCAUCUUCUCCAUCCGAAACCUCCUCUACUCCAUCCUCAACUCUCUCCUCUCUCUCCUCCCCACAAUGAACUCCUCCUCCUCCUCCGCCUCCGCCGAUCCUCCGCCGUUCGACCCGUCCAGGCCGGCCGUCCCGGUCUCGUAUCCGAUCAAAACCCUAGCCGACCUCGAGUCGAGGUCCUACUUCGACUCCUUCCACUUCCCCUUCAACAAGUCGUCGGUGGCGCUUCGGAACAGCCGUUUGGCUGACCGGCCGAGGAUGCUCGUGUGCCACGACAUGGCGGGAGGGUACACGGACGAUAAGUGGGUGCAAGGGGGGAGUAAUCCCGAAGCUUACACGAUUUGGCAUUGGUACUUGAUGGAUGUUUUUGUGUACUUCUCGCAUGACCUGGUUACUCUGCCGCCUCCGUGUUGGACUAAUGCCGCACAUAAGCACGGUGUCAAGGUACUGGGGACUUUCAUCACCGAAUGGGAUGAAGGGAGAGUUAAUGCCAAUAAACUGCUCGCGACAAAGGAGUCUGCUCACAUGUAUGCUGAGCGCUUGACCGAGCUUGCAAGUGCUUUGGGAUUUGAUGGCUGGCUGUUGAAUAUGGAGGUCAAGUUGGAUGUAGAAAAAAUUCCUAUUUUGACAGAAUUUGUCAACCAUUUAACCAAGACGAUGCACGACUUGGUGCCAGGAUCUUUAGUCAUAUGGUAUGACAGUAUUACAGUUGAUGGCAAUCUAAUCUGGCAAAAUCAACUGAACCAAAAGAAUAAACCUUUCUUUGAUGUAUCUGAUGGAAUAUUCCUAAACUAUUCUUGGCUGGAGGACUAUCCAAAACGUUCAGCUGCUGUUGCUGGUGAUAGAAAGUUCGAUGUCUACGUGGGCAUUGAUAUAUUUGGGAGGGGCACAUAUGGUGGUGGACAGUGGAAUACAAAUGUUGCGCUUGAUGUAAUAAAAAGUGGCAAUGUGUCAGCUGCCCUAUUUGCCCCUGGAUGGGUCUAUGAGACUAAGCAACCACCUGAUUUCGAGACUGCUCAGAACCGUUGGUGGUCCCUUGUUGAGAAAUCAUGGGGUAUAAUGCAGAGUUAUCCCCUGGAGCUACCGUUCUACUCAAAUUUCGACCAGGGUCGUGGUCAACAUGUUGCUAUAGAUGGAGGGCAAGUAUCAAGUGCUCCUUGGAACAACCUUUCCUCCCAAAGCUUUCUCCCUUGCCUUAAUUUUUCUGGAGAUCCUUCCUCAGAUUCUAUUCAAGUCCUUGUUGAUUUUAAGGAAGCAUCUUAUGGUGGAGGAGGGAACAUCACGUUUAAAGGAACUCUUCCAGAUGUUGGAUAUUUCUCAACAAAGCUCUUUCACGGAGAGCUCCUUUUGGGGGAUUUACCAGUGCACUUUACGUAUUCUGCUAAAUUGGAUGGGAACUCUCUGAUAGGCCUUUCUCUCGAAUUAUCUUCUGCCGUGGAGGGAAAAAUAUCAGUGCUUCUUGCUUCAAGGGGGAAUACCCUUCUUACCAUGACCCAAUUCUCUAGCAAAUUCAACAAAGUAAUUAUGCCUCGUCAGGUUACGAAGUCAGAAACAGACCCGGGAUGGGUAAUUCUGGAGAGUAGCAUUUCGAUGAAUGGAUUCACAUUAACAGAAAUCCACGCUUUGUGCUAUUCAGAAAGUUCCCCAUCACCCAAUCCGACUGAAUAUUUUGCCAUUCUUGGCCAUGUCAGUGUCAAAACUUCUGGACAGAACGUUGUUUUCCCACCAUCUACCUCAUGGCUAGUUGAGGGUCAAGACAUUGAGUGGACUUCAGGCUCUCAGAAGUCUAAGACCCUUAGUGUUAAAAUCAGUUGGAGGUUGAAAGACGGGAAUGCUUCACUUUUCCCGAAGUACAAUAUUUUUGUCGAAAAACUAUCAAAUCAAGAUGUUGGAAAGCAGGAGUAUCUAGGAGUUGCCCACGUGGAAGCGUUUUACGUCUUUAAUCUUGUAGUCCCUUGCGGAACCUCUAAUCUCAAAUUCUCUAUACAAGUGUGCGGCGUUGAUGGAACUUCUCAGCCGGUAAACGAUUCUCCAUCUUUUCUCUUGCCUGUGGAACGUUCAUAAAUUGACAGGAAAUUACUCUUCCAUUACUUAAUAUACUAGAGAGAGGAAAUGGAGGAAUAAUGUUGUUUGUACACGAUAUUGUUGAAGCAUGAUAGUUGAUUUGCAAUAAGAGUUUGUGCCGAUGAAAUCUACUUUUAUAA